AUGCGCUUUAAAGACCGCCUCGGGCGCACGUGCUCCCCCUGGCACCACAUACCUCUUAAUACCCGCAACGGGCACGUGCACGUAGUGUGCACGACGCCUAAGAAAUCCUGGGCGCGCUUCGAAGUGGCAGCGGAUGAAGAGUUUUCCCCGCUGAGGCUUGCGCGCAAAGCGCUGGGGGAAUCAGCGAGCAUCGAGGGAGCGGAAGGCGCGUGGGGGGGAGGUAGCGGCGCAGGGAUCGGCGGAGGUAUGGGCGUAGCCGCGGGGAGUGUUUCUUCCGCCGUGGUUCCGCUGCAUUACGCGUCGAACUGCCCGUGGAACGUGGUGAUGCUGCCGCAGACGUGGGCGGACCCGGAGCUGCCGAAUCUGGACUACCUGGGGUUGCGCUACGACGGGCGGCCGCUGGAAAUGGUGGAGCUAGGGCGCAAAGCGCGCAAGAGAGGACAGGUGCGCGCGCGCCCCGGCGGUUCCUCUGCCAUCCCCGCUCCUCGCACGUCGUCUUUCUCUUCACCAUCCCGUUUUACCCACGUCCGCCUCGCCCUCCCCUCCCCUCAAGUUCCCGUCACCGUCUUUCUUCCACGCCCACGUCACCCCGCCUCUCACGCACCCCUCUUGAUUCACAAUCUAGUUUCCCCCAUCCCCUCCCAACAGGUUUACGCGGUGAAGGUGGUAUCUGCGUUCGCGCUCGUGGACCUGCCGACCAUGCGCCUUUCCUGGAAGCUUCUGGGCAUGGCGGUGAGCGACAGGCGCGCGCGGCGAGUGAGUGACGCGGGGGACGUGCACCGCGUGAUGCCUGGGACGCUGGAAGAGGUGCGCGAGUGGCUGCGGCAGAGCGAGCGCGUGCACGCGCACGACCGCGAGUGGGUUUUCGGGCUGAACGAGCGCGCGGGGGACGCGUUCCUAGCGGGGAAGCUCGUGGCGGAGGCGCACGCCGCCUGGCAGCGCCUCGUGGCGCGCGUUCCGCCACGCACCCCGGCGUUUUUGAAGGGGGAGGAGAGGGGGAGGGGAGCGGAGGGCAGGAGGGAAGGGAAGGGGGAAGGGCAGGAGGUGGGAAGCGGGCAAGUGAAGGGGAACGGGGAUAGGGAUGGGCAGGAGCAGGAGCGCGGUGGUGGUGCGACCACUGGUUCUGACACCAGCCAUGACUCAAGCAAGCUCGGCCUUUCCAGUCCCCUUCACACCCCCCCUCUCACUCCCUCUCACCCGCACCCCCCUCCCUCUACCCCCCCUCACUCGUCCAUCUCUGGUACCUCCACCCCCUCUCACAUAGCCACUCCUCCCCGCGCACCCCCCUCCUCCGCCACACCCCCGCGCCUGUAUCAUAGUGACUCUGACGCGUCGUCUCUGUCAGCCGGCACAGGGCAAGAGUCAGCUUUCACGUCAGCUGGUGCUGCUGCUAGUGGUGGUGCUGCUGCUGCUGGUGCUGGUGCCGGUAGCAGCGGUAGCAGCAGCAGCAGCAGUGGGGUUGAGGAGCGGGCAUUGCAGGUUAAUGUGAUCCCCCUGCGUGACCCCAGAGCGAAGCUGCUGGUGCGGGCCAUGAGACGACCUGAGGCCACUGAGAGUGUGCUUGCUUUCAAUGGGUCGGAUGAUGAAGGGGAGGAGGAGGAGGAUGGGGAGGAGGGUGAGGAAGGUGAGGAAGGAGGGGAAGGUGAGAACGAGGAGGAGAGUAAGGGAGAGGAAGGAGAGGGUGAUGGCGGUGUUGAUGCCGUUGGUACUUCUAGUGGGGGUAGGGGCAGGGCGAGUGGGAAGGGAAAGAAGGGUGCGGUAACUGUUACGUGUUCGCGCAGAGAGCUGCUUCGGUUUCUGAGAUCAACAGAUCCGCGCCUCUCUCGACCGGCCUACAUCGCUUUCAACAAAGGGUUUAUUCACAUGGACGACCAGCAAAAGGACGAGCUUGGCGGGGAUACAGACCAAGGGGGCGGUUUUUCUGGUUCUUCAGCUGCCGCUGCCGCUGCUGCUGCUGCUGCUGGUGCUGGUGCUGGUGCUGGUGCUGGUGCUGGUAAUGGCGAUGGCGCUGGUGCUGGUGUUGGCAGAAGUGGGUCUAGGAGUGCAGGGAGGGUUUCUGAGGAUGCCAAAGCGCGUUUAGAUGGGUCGCAUGAGGAGGAGAAUGGGGGACCGGCGGCAGGGAGUGGCGAGGGGAGCUCUGAUGGUUCUGUUUCCGUGCAGGCGAGCCUAGAUUCUGAUGGGGCGUUGGGAAGUGGAGGAGCUGGGGGGAUUGGGGGAGGAGGAGGGGGCGGGGAUGGGGAUGGAAGGAUAGUGGGGAAGAGCAGCAGGAGGAGUGGCGGUGGCAGCAGCAGCAGCCACAGGAAUGGGGGAAGCAGCUGGGGGCGGCAGUUGGGGAAGGUGGAGGAGGAGCCAGAAGAGGAGGAAGCAGCAGAGGUGGAGCAAGGGAGUGGAGGGGAGGAAGGGGGGGAAGCAGAGGAAGGGGAGGAGGUGGAGGAAGGGGAGGAAGAGCAUGGGAGGGUUGGAGAUGGGAGGGAGGUGGGGGGGGAGGGAGGCAGGGUUGCAGAGGGCAGGGAUGGGUUGGUGGAGAGGAGCAGAGGAAGUGGUGGAGGAAGAGAAGGAGGUCAAGUGGUUCAGCCGGGUGGGGUCAAGGAGAAAGCCCAAGCGCAGCAGCAUGAUUCAGGAGAAAGGCAGCGAGAGCGGGGAGAGUGA